GAAACUGAAGGCUGUCCAUUUCCUCCCCAUUGAUAGCUGUUUGUUUGUGCUUAGGUGGUGUAACAGAAACUAUCCAAUAUCAUUUUCAUACAAGUUUUUAUUAGUUUCAGUUUAGUUGUACAGACCCUCGGGUUGAAAAAACACAAAUUAUGUUUUUUUCACCGUCGUAAAGUUUUCCCGUUGACAUCGAGCUCGGGUAGAUGCCUGUAUAAAUUGUCGCACAAAUGGAAAUGGUGCCCAGCGAAGAGAAUCAGCUCGUACUCAAAGAGGGUAUGUUUUGGAGUUGCAGGCAGAGUAUUUUCGUUGAGAUGAAGAAGAGGUUUUCUCAGAUAGAGGAUGCGGCGGAGGAGCCCAGAGUGCUGUGCAUAGUCCAGGACACUACCAAUGCUAAGACGGUCAACGAGAGGCUCACCCUCAACUUGCCAGCCUCCACCACCCUCCCCAAACUCUUCGAGGAUGUGGCCCACAAGGCGGGCUAUGUGAACGGCACCUUUGACCUGGCAUGGCGCAAGACAGGGGACAUGGGGUCGCUGGACCCCAGCAGUGAGAUGUCCCUCACUGAGUCCGGGUUCGAGCCCGGGAAGAGGAACUUCCUCCAACUCACAGACAAGGACGGAGAACAGCCUCUGAUUGCAUCGGAUGAGUCGGGGACAGCGAGCAGCAGUGGUCUGGAUGACAGCUCCCAGGAGCGCUUCAUCGGCCCGCUGCCCAGAGACGGCACGGUGGGCUGCAGCAGCGACUACAGCAGCCCCAGCUACUCCUACUCCUCCAUCCUCAACAAGUCUGACACAGGAUAUGUGGGUUUGGUUAACCAGGCCAUGACCUGCUAUUUGAACAGCCUUCUACAAACACUGUUUAUGACCCCAGAGUUCAGAAAUGCACUGUACAACUGGGAGUUUGAGGAGUCGGAAGAAGACCCGGUUACCAGCAUCCCUUACCAGCUACAGAGGCUGUUUUUGCUGCUGCAGACCAGUAAGAAGAGGGCCAUCGAGACCACCGACGUGACCCGCAGCUUUGGCUGGGACAGCAGYGAAGCCUGGCAGCAGCAUGAYGUCCAGGAGCUGUGUAGGGUCAUGUUUGAUGCCUUGGAGCAGAAAUGGAAGCAGACAGAGCAGCAGCAGUUUUCUCCACUUACGGCUGACCUGAUUAACCAGCUGUACCAGGGGAAGCUGAAGGACUAUGUGCGCUGUCUGGAGUGUGGCUAUGAGAGCUGGAGGAUUGACACCUACCUGGACAUCCCACUGGUCAUCAGACCAUUUGGGGCCAGCCAGGCUUAUGGCAGCGUGGAGGAGGCUCUGCAGGCCUUCGUCCAGCCAGAGACUCUGGACGGGGCCAACCAGUACUUCUGUGAGCGCUGCAAGAAAAAAUGUGAUGCCCGUAAGGGGCUGAGAUUUCUUCACUUUCCCUACCUGCUGACUCUGCAGCUGAAGCGUUUUGACUUUGACUACACCACUAUGCACCGCAUCAAACUCAACGACCGCAUGUCCUUCCCUGAGGAGCUGGACAUGGGUCCCUUCAUUGACGUGGAGGACGAGAAAUCUCCUCAAACGGAGAGCUGCACUGACAGCGGGGCAGAGAAUGAAGGCAGUUGCCACAGCGACCAGAUGAGCAACGACUUCUCGGCGGACGACGGUGUGGAUGAGGGCAUCUGCCUGGACAGUGCCAGCAGUACUGAGAGGGUCCUGAAGCCAAAGGUACCCAGCCUCAACACUAGUUCAUUGACCUUUGAGCUGUUCUCGGUCAUGGUGCAUUCGGGCAGCGCUGCAGGUGGCCACUAUUAUGCCUGCAUUAAGUCCUUCAGCGAUGGCCAGUGGUACAGUUUCAACGACCAGCACGUCAGCAAGAUCACCCAGGAAGACAUCAGGAAAACAUAUGGAGGGUCCUCGGGGAGCAGAGGCUAUUACUCCAGUGCCUUUGCCAGCUCUACGAAUGCGUAUAUGCUGAUUUAUAGGUUGAAAGACCCCUCAAGGAAUGCAAAGUAUCUGGAUUGUGAUGACUUCCCUGAGCACAUAAAGCAUCUGGUCCAGAGGGAGAAGGAGUCUGAGGAGCAGGAGAAAAGACAGAGGGAGAUCGAGCGUAAUACCUGCAAGAUCAAGCUGUUCUGCAUGCAUCCGGUGAAGAUGAUGGCUAUGAUGGAGAACAAGCUGGAAGUGCACAAGGACAAGACGCUCAGAGAGGCAACAGAGAUGGCCUACAAGCUCAUGGAACUGGAUGGGGUGGUCCCGCUGGACUGCUGUCGCCUGGUCAAGUACGAUGAGUUCCAUGAGUACCUGGAGCGCUCGUACGAGGGCGAGGAGGACACCCCCAUGGGGCUGCUGCUGGGCGGGGUCAAGUCCUCCUACAUGUUUGACCUGCUGCUGGAGACCCGCAGACCAGAGCAAGUCUUCCAGCCAUACAAACCCGGAGAGGUGAUGGUGAAGGUUCACGUGGUGGAUCUGAAGACUGACACUGUUGCCCCUCCCGUCAGCAUCAGGGCCUACCUAAACCAGUCAAUCACUGAGUUCAAGCAGCUCAUUGCACAGGCCACAGAGCUCUCAGCUGAAACCAUGCGUGUCGUCCUGGAGCGCUGCUAUAAUGACCUUCGGCUUCUCUACGUGCCCAACAAGACACUGAAAGCAGAGGGUUUCUUCAGGAGCAACAAGGUUUUUGUGGAAAGCUCUGAAUCCCCAGAUCACCAGGUCACUUUCACUGAUUCCCUCUUGUGGAAACUGCUGGAUCGCCAUGGGAACACAAUCCGCCUGUUUGUCUCGCUCCCUGUGCAAUCCCCCGGCACCAACAGAACUAUUUGCCAAAAAGUGGGCGGCGACCCUGAGGAGUGCUCUGAGGGGUCAAAGGUCAACAKGAAUUCUGUAGAGCCCAUCCUGGAGGAGAGCACAGAGAAGCUGAAGAACCUGUCCCUCCAGCAGCAGCAGGGCUCCAGCACCAGUGACAGCCAGAAGAGCUCAGACACCAGCGACUUCGAGCACAUCGAGUCCCCCUCACCCUCUCAGGAACCAGACUCCUCCUCCGUAUCCGCUGUCGUUGCAGUCGACAACCGAGAGCUGGAGAACCGGAUCCGGGUGGCCAGCGGCGGGGGGGCCUACUCUGACCCGGAAACCCAGUUCCCUGGGGAGGAGCGCUCGGACUCUGAGGUGAACAACGAUCGCAGCACGAGCUCAGUGGACAGUGACAUCCUGAGCUCCAGCCACAGCAGUGACACGCUGUGCAACGCUGACAGCGGCCCCAUCCAGCUGGCCAAUGGCCUGGACUCACACAGCAUCACCAGCAGCCGCCGCUCCAAGGCCAACGAGGGCAAGAAGGAGACGUGGGACACAGCCGAGGAGGACAGUGGCACGGACAGCGAGUAUGAUGAGAAUGGGAAGAGCAAGGCGGAAUCCUAUUACCUCUACUUCAGAGCAGAACCAUAUGCACAGGAGGACGGCUCUGGGGAAGGAGGCCAGAAAUGUGUACUGGUCCACGUGGAUAAGAGGAUAACUCUGUCAGCGUUCAAACAGAACCUGGAGCCUUUCGUGGGGGUCACCUCUACCCAGUUCAAGGUGUUCCGCGUCUACGCCAACAACCAGGAGUUUGAGAGUGUACGGCUCAACGAGACCCUCUCCUCCUUCUCUGACGACAACAAGAUAACCAUUCGAUUAGGCAGAGCACUGAAGAAGGGCGAGUAUCGGGUGAAAGUGUACCAGCUACUAGUGAAUGAUGCAGAGCCCUGUAAGUUCCUCGUAGACACAGUGUUUGCUAAGGGCAUGACUGUGAAACAGUCCAAAGAGGAGCUAAUGCCUCAGCUGAAAGACCAAUGCAAGCUGGACCUCAACAUCGACAAGUUCCGUCUCAGGAAGAAGACGUGGAAGAACCCAGGGACAGUGUUUCUGGACUACCACGUCUACGAGGAGGACAUCAACAUCUCCAGUAACUGGGAGGUCUUUCUGGAGGUUCUAGAUGGACCGGAGAAGAUGAAGUCCAUGUCCCAGCUGGCUGUGCUGACCCGCCGCUGGACCCCCGCCCAGAUGAAGCUGGAGCCCUUCCGGGAAGUGGUUCUGGAGAGCAGCAGUGUGGAGGAACUCAAGGAAAAGCUCAGUGAAAUAAGUGGUGUUCCUCUUGAAAACCUGGAGUUUGCCAAAGGGCGCGGAACAUUUCCUUGUGAUAUCUCGGUAUUGGAGAUCCAUCAGGAUCUGGACUGGAACCCUAAAGUGUCCACUCUGAAUGUGUGGCCUCUGUACAUCUGUGAUGAUGGUGCUGUGGUCUUCUACAGGGACAGCACAGAGGAGCCUAUGGAACAGUCUGAAGAUGAACGCAAUGAGCUGAUGAAGAGGGAGAGCAGCCGCCUGCUGAAGACUGGCCACCGGGUCAGUUACUCACCUCGUAAGGAGAAGGCCCUUAAGAUCUACCUGGAUGGGGGCCCGGUCAAAGACCCGGGGCAGGACUGAGGCCCUUCUGAGGCCCGUCCCAGUUAGCUGGUUGGCCUGCCUGCCGCAGUGUAGCUUGGCCCGGCCAGGGGACCCUGUCUGGCGUGGGGCCCCACGUUGACUCRACGACGUCACCAGAKCAGUGYGKC